GAGGUAACACGUAGUAAACCGGCCCAGUGUAGGGCGGGACAGCUCCGACAGUUAAAUAGCGAGCGUUCGUCUUCCGCUCCUCCCCGCCGGCACCUGCAGCGGCUCCUCCGGCCGGCUAUGGACAAGAGUGGUCAGGACAGGGGAUCGCAAAAGCCUUCUGGCCUCCUGCUCUUGUCUGUCUUCACUGCAGUACUGGGAUCGCUGCAGUUUGGCUAUGGAACGGGAGUUAUCAACGCACCCCAGGAGGUCAUCGAGAGGCAUUAUGCCCGGAUCCUCCAAGUUGACCAAAACGACACGGCGACCGGGAAUCUCACACAAGCAGCGAGCCUGCAGAAGGACCGGAAAGUGGUUGUUUACUGGACCCUGUCUGUCGCCGUCUUCUGCAUUGGGGGCAUGUUCUCAUCCUUCUUCGUCGGCUACCUGGCGGACAGACUGGGCAGGCUGAAGACGAUGAAGGUUCUCAACAUUCUGGCAAUAGCUGGUGCUCUUUUGAUGGGCUUGGCUAAAAUGGGCCCAUCACACAUCAUGGUCAUCGCAGGGAGAGCCAUCACCGGCAUCUAUUGUGGUCUAUCGUCGGGACUGGUGCCCAUGUACGUCGGCGAGAUCUCCCCCACCAGCAUGCGCGGGGCACUGGGCACCAUCCACCAGCUGGCCAUCGUUACAGGAAUCCUCCUGAGCCAGGUGAUCGGGCUCAGCUCGCUGUUGGGGAACGACCGUCUGUGGCCUCUGCUUCUCGGGCUGUCAGGCGCACCCGCCAUCCUGCAGGCCAUCUUGCUACCCUUCUGCCCCGAGAGCCCGCGAUACCUCUACAUAAAGCUCGGCAGAGAGGAGGCAGCCAGGAAGGGUCUGUGCAGACUGCUGGGGACCUCUGACACUGACAAGCAAAUUGCAGAGAUGCAGAAGGAGAAGGAGGAGAUCGAGAAGGAGCCAAAGGUCUCCAUUGCGCAGUUAUUCUGCUCCUCCAGUUACCGACAGCCCAUCACUGUGGCACUGAUGCUGCACAUCUCCCAGCAGUUCUCCGGUAUCAAUGCGAUUUUUUACUACUCAACCGCCAUCUUCCGCCAGGCCGGGCUCUCUCAGCCAACAUACGCCACGAUUGGGGUGGGGGUCGUCAACACGGUCUUCACCGUGAUCUCGGUCUUCCUGGUGGAGCAUGCUGGCCGCAGAAGCCUCUUCAUAGUGGGCCUGGCUGGGAUGUGUAGCUGUGCCAUUCUCCUGACGUUCGGCCUGGCUCUGCAGCACACGUACACCUGGAUGAGCUACGUCAGCAUGGUGGCCAUCUUCCUCUACGUCGCCUUCUUCGAGAUCGGGCCGGGCCCGAUCGCCUGGUUCAUUGCGGCCGAGCUGUUCAGCCAGGGACCCCGGCCGGCGGCGGUCACCAUCGCCGGCUUCUGCAACUGGACCUGCAACUUCCUGGUGGGCAUGUGCUUCCCCUACAUCGCGGAGCUGUGCGGCCCAUACGUAUUUGUCAUUUUCGCCUGCCUGCUCGUUGGCUUCACCUUGUUCACCUACUUCAGGGUGCCCGAGACAAAAGGCAAGACGUUCGAGCAGAUCGCAGAAGGUUUCCGGCGCAAGAAAUCCUCGUCACGAAAGCCAAAAGCCUCCGCUACUGAACUGGAACACCUGGGCAGCACAGAUGCUUAGAGGAGAGGAGGAGCCUCCAGGCUUGUUCUCGAGCAGAGUGCGGCCUGGAGCAGGAGCAGUUCAGAGAGAGACUUGGCAGAGAGCAUGUUGCUUUCAAGCUACUGUUUACAAUAUUCCCUUGCCUCUGUGAACGACCUGCCUUGACUGCUUGUUUUGCGUGAAGAAGUACCUGAUUGAAGACACUGGGGCAAGAAGACAUUCCGUUCUGCCAGAGGUCUCAGUCAUCAAGAUGGAGCUUGGUUUGUCCAGGAAUUCAAACGUGACCUCGGGGAAAGUCCUGAUGAAGGAUCUCGGCCUAAAACAUUACCUCUUCAUUCCCUUUCAUAGAUACUGCCCGAGUUCCAUGAGCAUUUUGUGUGUGUUGCUCUGGAUAUCCAGCACCUGCAGAAUUUCUUGUGUGCAGGGGAAGCCCUGUCAUUUCUUAGGCUCAGUUUACGAUGUCUUUGGAGAGAGCGAGUGACAGACAGCUCAAGUAUCUUUCUCAGGUCUUUAAGGACACUCUGUGUUUCACUGUGGACAGUGAAAAAUGCUCACGCUUCUGAACGAGAGCUCAGUGUUGUCUCCAUUGACCUUGUGGCACAUUCAGAUUCACACUCACUUACUUAUCACGUCUACAGUGAAACGCUUCAUUUGCAUUACCAACCGACACAGCUGAUACACGUGUCACUUGUAUUGUUUACAAAGUAAGGUCCUUGGACCUGUCUCUGAUAGGCAGAAAGAUCCAAGCUCCAAUUAUCUGGUUAGAAUGACAAAACUUUUUUUUUAUUAGGACAGAACAUUGCAACCAUGACUUUAUCGCUGUGUGUAUGGACCCCCCCCCCCACCACCACCUCCCAAUCUGCUGAUCUGUGACCAUUCCCUUUCAUAACCAGCCCGUUAGUGAGGGCUCGAGGAACUGCCCCCAAGCCCCCCACCCCGAAUGCUCUAUUUUAUACCCUCUCCACUGAUAUGAAAUGCUGCUGUGAACGAACCAUUACCUAACCAUCUCAAACCAGCAAAUUAGAACAAUCAUAACUAGUCACGACUCCCACCCCUGUGUUCCACUAACCUCCAGCCUCCCUCAGUUCUUCCCUCACUCGCUUAAGCCCAUCACUCACAGUAACGUGGUGCUGAGAGCCACGCAAGUAAAGCUGAGGGUUUUCCGGAGGUCAGCGUUCAAUCCCGGUGCCGUCUGUAAGGAGUCUCUGUCGGUCCUCCCCAUGAAGUCUGUGGGUUUCCUCCGGGUGCUCCGGUUUCCUCCCACUGCCCAAAGUCGCACCAAUUAGCAGGUCUUUGUACAGUGUUCGACGGUGAAGCUACGGUUAAAUUGGGGGUUGCUGGGUGGUGCAGCUCGAAGGGCUGAUUCUGUGCUAUAUCUCACUGACUUUUAAAAGAAUGUUAUUCUGCUAGUCCCAAUGCUCUGCACCCAGACCAUGUCCCUAUCCAAAUUUCUUUUAAAUAUUGAAAUCCAACCCACAUUCACCACUUCCACUAGCAGCUGGUUCCACACUCUCACCACCCUCAUGUCCUUAAACAUUACACCUUUCACCUCUGGUUCUAGUCUCUCCCAUCCUCCAUGUUACCCUUUCUAUGCCCCUCUUAUUGGGAAUAUGCCACACAUGAGGGCCAGGAGCUGGACUUGGUUGUCAGAGGCUGUUUGAAAUGCACGUAAUUGGGAGCAUUGAAUAGGGGGUGGGAGCUUAUCGCCACUACCUCUACCCUGCUAUAACAACCUUAUGAAACAUUCCUCUGUUCAUCCUGUAACUGUCAGGAACUGCGCUUCCAACCAGCUGGGGUUUAUUGUGGUCAUGGAACCUUGAACUAUUCUCCUUAAUCAUUGCUUGUAUGAAAAAUACAAAUACCUCCAGCCAAUCAAAGGGGGGUUUCCAUCGAUUGUCAGUCCAACACUAUUAUCUUAUGGUCUCCCAUCCCAUUAUUACACCCUUGCCUGGUGUGGGUGGUGGGGGGGUGGGAUUGGUUAGUGAGGUUGGAGGAAGGAGCGGGCCGGGGAAGGAGCGAUUUCCUUCCCCUGCAACCCCUCGGUCAGGUGGUUCACUUGUGCCUGCAUGGCGGACACGGGUACCCCACUAGUGUAAGACUAUUAGAGCUCGGUGUUCAGAUUUCAGAGUUCAAUCGUGGCAUCCCCUGUAAGGAGUUUUUACGUCCUCCCCAUGGAACCGUGUGGGUUUCCUGCAGGUGCCCUAGUUUCCUCCCACAGUCCAAAGACGGGCAGGUUAGUAGGGUAAUUGUCCUGUGGUUAGGCUGGGGUUAAAUAGGUGGGUUGCUGGGUGGCACAGCUCAGGGGCUGGACAGGCACUGUUCCUCUCUGUGGUUCUAAAUAAAAACAAACUGAAUGAAAACAUCAGGGUAGGUGCAAGGGACAACACGGGGGCAUCAGGUGUUCUAGUCCAUCCCUUCUCUCCGAACCCUGCACCAUCUCUCCGGUAGCUACACUAGCAGAGGACACACUCCUGUGAAACUCUAGUCGGUGGGACUGUGGGUGGUGGUGGGGGGGGGGUGGGAGUGUGAUGGUAGAGAGCCUCCGAGCUGUCUCUGUGUUCACGUCCUUUGUCUCCCUCCCCUCUGGACGGUGAGUGCUUGCCACACCAGGAACAGUGAUGGGGAAAUCCCUUUGGCCCGCAACCUCUCACCUACUCUAAAACCAAAGGCAAUCCUUCCCUCCCACAGAGCCCACCAUUUCUUUUCUUUUAUCCAUGUGCCCAAGAAUCUCUUAAAUGUUCCUAAUGUAUCUGCCUCUACCAUCACCCCUGGCAGGGGUUCCACACCCCCCCCCCCAGCUUAAAAAACCUCUGACGUCCCCUUACUCUUUCCUCCAAUCACCUUAAAAAUUAUGCUUCCUCGUAUCUGUCUGGGGAAAAGUCAAUGGCUGUCCAUUUGACCUAUGCAUCUUAUCAUCUCGUACACCUCCAUCAAGUCUCCUCUCAUCCUCCUUCACUCCAAAGAGAAAAGCCCUAACUCGCUCAACCUAUCCUCAUAGUAUCACUCUAAUCCAGGCAGCAUCCUCAUAAAUCUCCUCUGCACCCUCUCUAAAGCUUCCACAUCCUUCCCAUAAUCAGGUGACAGAGCUGAAUCCUAUAUUCUGAUACUACAGAUAGAGUAUUCCAAAUAUAUUCCCAGUAGUAUCCUCACACAUGUGGCCCCCUUCCAGCCUGUAUCCCAUCUGCUGAGCAGAUGUUUGUACCCUGCCACAGGCCCACAUUUCACACACCCGGUUUUAUUUUAAGAAUUAAAACGUCUAAUUUUAUUUUAUUAAAUAAUUGAAAUUUCGUAAUGUAAAUCAGUGGAUUUUUCUGAAAGAAUUUUGAUUUCAAUAAAGUGUUCUUUGACAGAGAA